AUGGAAUUUGCUGGUAUUGUCGUGAAGGGUCAGGAGGGCUCCGAACAACAGCCAGAGAGGAUCACCUUCUGGGUCUUCAACCAGUCGCAGGAUAUCGUGGUGGCAGGUGCAGCAUCUGCAGAACGACUUGGACAGCCCGUAGAGACGGCUCCGGAGAAUAUUGCCCCGGAAGUCUCAAUGGUAAAGCAGACUGCCAUUACAGAGUUCUGUUCUCCAUGUCCGUCAACGGCUUUGGCGGACGGAACUUUCAUAACACCGUGUCCUUCGGUGACACUGGCGGAAAUAUCUGCGAUGUUUGCGAGACAAGAAAAUUGUGUGGAUGGGGCCUACGCUUUCGAUCAAGCACAUCCCCUAUUCAAGGGCUGGAAAGUUUCCCCAGUGCCGCCGCCCGCUGAGCCUGGGGCUCUGGCCAUUGGUCGUAAUUGUUCGGUUUCGGUUUCACCGCACGAUGAGACAUUGCUUGAGAGCACUUCGGAGUCGUCAUCGCCCGCCUCACCGAGAUCUACCGAAGAAGAAUCAUCUGAACUUGCUGCUACUGAGCUUAUCGGUAUCUAUCCGGUCGGAGACGUGAAGACAGAUGACACCGAGCAUGAUAUUGAGAAGGUAGAUAUCGCUAGAGAUGAGGAGCGAUUGGUGGCCAUCGCUGAUGCAGAAGUGGACCAUGAAUCAGAGAUGGAAAACAUGAGGCUGGCCUAUGAGCAAGCAACGAAGGGAAUGGAGGAGAUACUUAAUCAAAAAGAGGAAGUGAUCAAGUCUGUAACGCAGUAUGCAGAGAGAGUCGGAGCGAACCUGGCAACGGUCCUUGCAAAGCAUACAGAUGCAGGGGCAGUCUACCACUUGAAAAAGCGGAAGGACAAUCUGCUGGAGCAACUGGAAAUCCAGCCGCGAGAUGAUACGCGGGCGGCGUUAGCAGCAGCGAAAGCGGAGGCAACGGCAGCAAAUGCCGCGGCAGCGAAAGCGGAGGAACUUACUUUGACAGCAUCACGCAUGACAGACAAAGUGGUGAAGGAACUCAAAUCUAGCAACGACAGAAUUGACGCACUUCUCGUUGGGAAAUAG